ACGCGAGCACAUCCAUCGAUCUCUCCCUCUCCUCCUCCCGUUCUAUUGCUCCCACCGGCCCAGAGAAUGGAAAUGCACCCCGACCUGGCUUACCUCGCCACCACCACGACAACGUCGGGUGCCGAUGGCGGUAGUAGCAAUGAGCCGCCCAAUGCCGUGACCGAAGUUGCGCCGCCGCAACGCACAGCGCGCGAAAGGGGGAGGAACUACAGGGGGGUAAGGCAGCGGCCGUGGGGGAAGUACGCGGCGGAGAUCAGGGACCCGGGGAGGAAUGGGGCGAGGUUGUGGCUGGGGACCUUCGAGACCGCGGAGGCGGCGGCGAUGGCCUACGACCGCGCGGCGUUCCGCAUCCGUGGCUCUCGCGCGCUGCUAAACUUCCCCCUCCUCGUCAGCUCGCAGGACGCUGCAGCGAAGAGGGCGUCGACGGAGACGCCAUUGGUGGGGACUAACAAGAGAAGGAAGGGAGUGGCGGUGUCAGUUUCUUCUGCCGGUUCGGAACUAACGGUUCAGAAGAAUCGGUCCGGUUUAGAGACGAGCAGUGGGUUAUUGAUCCUCGGUUCGGAACUGGCGACCACCGUCGGUCAUAUAUGAUGAGCAUUUUAUCCCCUUGUAAGCAAUAAUUUGUCACUCGUGCAGAAAGAUUUCUUUCUUCAAUCGAGAAAAAAAAAUGAUUUUUUUUCA